CGUCAUGCACAGCGGUGACAGUGGGGAAGCAGCGGCAGCGUUAUGUCGGCUGCGGGGUCUGCAGGUGUACUGAAGGGUGACCGGUGCCCACCUAUCUCUUCCGUAUAAAGCUUGAGCUUUUUCCACCGAGAAUAUGGCAGACACAAAAUCCCUUCACCAAACAAGGUUUGAAGCCGCCGUGAGCGUGAUACAGAGUUUGCCGAAAAAUGGGUCAUUCCAGCCGUCUAAUGAAAUGAUGCUGAAAUUCUACAGCUUCUAUAAGCAAGCUACUCAAGGACCGUGUAAUAUUCCAAAGCCUGCCUUUUGGGAUCCUGUUGGCCGAUACAAAUGGGAUUCUUGGAGUUCUUUGGGUGACAUGUCUAAAGAAGAUGCAAUGAUUGCAUAUGUUGAUGAAAUGAAAAAGAUCCUUGAGACCAUGCCAAUGACUGAGAAAGUGGAAGAAUUGCUUCGAGUGAUAGGUCCUUUUUAUGAAAUGGUGGAAGACCAAAAACACGGCCUGGGAUCUGUUGUAACAUCAGUGCGCCUGGACAAAGUAACUAAAUCUUUAGAAGAUCUUAGCAACGUCCUGACCUCCACACCAAACUGUAAGGCUAUUAACGGGAAGACAGAAAGCAGUGACAGCGGAGCAGAGUCAGAGGAAGAAGAGCCAACGCAACAUAAAAAUGGAGAGGCAGAAGAAAGUAAUGAUGAAGAAGAAAGCGAGCAAGAAGAAAAGAAUGUGGAGCAGGAUUCAGAUCCCCAAAGUCCCCCAAAGACCACCGUCGGUCCUGAUGUAAAAGUAGAUCAUAUCAAUUCCAUCCCAGAAAUAGGAAAUCACAUCUCCGACAAAUCGUCUCUCAAUAAGGCUAUCGGUGAGGAGAAUACGAAUGAGGACAAGCUUAUUACAGAAGAUGCUGUGAAUGCACUGGAAAGAGACAGAGACUAUGAUGGCACUGACGAUAUCGCUGCAAUGCAGCACCUAACAAGUGACUCGGACAGCGAGGUUUUCUGCGAUUCUAUGGAGCAGUUCGGACAAGAGGAGGUUGAUCACAGUGCGCUGCUACAAGAUGUCUUGUUAAUCAACGACCCUAUGAAAACAGCAGAUGGUGGAGAAGACAAAGAUGGAGGGGAAAGUGUCAGACCAUCUGGACACCUACCCCAAAGAGACAGGUCUGGACAUAAGUCUGAAUAUGUUGGUUCCAGGCGAGGAAGAGUUGGUCGUAUGCACACUGUGGGUGAAGGAUCCCGAGGAGGACAGAUGGGUAGCAGUGGAGAUGAAGAACAUUGGAAAUCGCUGAACAGCAGCCUGAAUGAACAGAUCGCUGUAAUACUUACGCGCUUACAGGAAGAUAUGCAGAAUGUAAUUCACAGACUUCAUGCAUUGGAAAAUCUGACUGCCUCACAGGCACGCUCAUUGGCCCUUGAAUCUAACUAUAAGCAGGCUGUGAACAAGAGUCCAUCUUGGUGGCCAUUUGAUCUUUCUCCAGGAAAUUUCGCAUUUGCUAUAGUAUGGCCGUUUGUUGCACAUUGGUUAAUACAUGUGUACCUUCAAAGGAAGAGAAGAAAGCCGACCUGAUCAUGUGCUGGAAAUCUCCUUCAGAAUGGAAGACUCUGCAGAGACGUCCAGUAACCGUCCUUGCGUCGAUCGCAGCGGCUCAGAUGUAGUUCCUUUUUUUUUUUCUAUAGUAAAUACUUUGCACUACAUGAAUGAAAACAAAAUAAGGACUAAUUUUACUAAAGCUUAAAUAAUGGGAAAUAUUGAUAAUGGGUGGGCUGUAGGAUUGAUAGUUUUACUGCGUUAAUUCAAUUAUUUUUAAACAUACUGAGAGCAUGUAAUAGAUGUAUUAUAAUCCUACAGGUACAUAAUGAGUUGAGGUGGUAUGAUUUCUCAUCUCCAGAUAUUUUUUCUUACAAAUAAAAUUUACCUGUAAAUAGGAAAAAAA